CGGUGACGGAAUCCAUUGAAAACCACAAAAACGGAACAAGGAGGAUGCAAGGAAUUCGUUUUUGCAAUUCGAUCUACAAGAUGCAAAGUGGAUUCUCGAGUUUCUUACCCUUCUUCUCGGUGUCCGGUAGAACGUCGUGCUGAUAACGUAUUACGCAACCCGCCUGCUACGCGAAGUAGUCCAAGAGGGUCCCGUAAUUCUACAAGAAUAGAGACACAAGAUAUAGGGGUGAGACUCUCUUCUUAUUCCUCGAUUCAUUCUCCUCAACCACAAGUGUACAAUAUGAGCACCCCUCUCCUCCUUAUAUAGUCUUCCUCCAUAUAUGGAAGGUUUCGGUGUGGGUCCAAUUAGUAUAUAUGGGCUGGGUCUUCAUGGGCCCAAGCCCAUAGGUUUCCUAACAGAAACAAAAACACGUGUGCACACAGAUACAGCAUAGUACUACUAUGCUCACUUUUCACUGGCGCACGAAAACCAUCCCAACGGACGCACGGAGCAGAGGGACUGAACGGUCGAGCAGCGCAGGAAGCCCCAACACUCACGGUCACGGGACCCACCCCAGCAUGGUGCGUGCUAUGGUGGGGCCACCCCCACAAACCGCCGAAUCGAAGCGGCGCGGACUCUCUCUCUCUCUCCCCUCGUCUUCCAGAACGCUCUCCUCGUCUCCCGCCGCGACACCUCCCUUCCCUUCCCUUCCCUUCUUGUCCUCCUCCUCCUCCUCCUCGCCCACACACUUCACCUCCGCGCUUCCCGCCUCUCCGCAUUCUCACCCCUCCGCCGCCUCCGCCGCGGUCGGGUGGUGUCCGUGAGAGACGAGCCGGAAUAAUGCUGUGCGUCUCGCCGACGACGCCGGGCCCGUGCGCGGCACGGCGCCCUCACCGUCCCUCGUGCACCGCCACGACGUGCAUCGGUUCUCCGAGGCGGCGGUGGCGGCUGGCCAGGUUCCAGGACUCCGCCGCGGCGGCGCCCCCGGCGGGGCGGCUGACGAGGCCGCCGCCUCCGCCGCCGCCGUCGUCGUCGCAGCCGCUGCCGGUGCCGGCGCCGCGGACGACGGCGGAGAGGCUGGGCUCGCUGCGGGAGAUGCGGCGGGUGUGGUGGGUGUGCGGGCUCGGGUACUGGGUGCAGGGGUUCCGCUGCUUCCCGUGGCUGGCGCUCAACUUCCACCUCACGCGCGGCCUCGGCCUCACCCCCGCCGCGCUCCAGCUCGUCCAGAACGCCGGCAACCUCCCCCUCGUCGCCAAGCCGCUCUUUGGGGUCCUCUCCGACGCCGUCUACGUCGGCCGCGCCCACCGCCUCCCCUAUAUCUCCAUCGGAGCGUUACUACAGCUUAUGGCAUGGGGAACACUUGCAGUCAUUCCAGUAACAGGGGACACAUUUCCAACUCAAAUGGCUUGCAUUCUUAUUGGAAAUCUUGGCGCAUCUGUCACUGAAGUUGUAAGUGAUGCUGUUGUCACAGAGUUCAGUAGAACGCAGAAGGCCGGUGUACUACAAUCUUACGCGUUCAUAAUUCUGGCAGCUGGAUCUCUCUUAGGAAAUUUGUCUGGUGGUUACGUUCUGUUGAGAACACAGGAACCAAAGACUAUGUUCUCAGCAUUCUCCAUCCUCCUUGGCCUCCAACUAGCACUUUCCUUAAGUACAAAAGAGACGCUUCCAAGCUCUCAUAGAAACUGGAACAUUUGUCAUGUCAGAACCUCUCUGUCUGACAAUCUCCGCAAGCAAUUCUCAAACUUGAGGACAGCAAUCAGCGAGGAGCAGAUCUUUUACCCUCUUAUGUGGAUAAUGACAUCAUUUGCAGUUGUGCCUAUUCUCUCUGGGACAAUGUUUUGUUUUCAAACACAGUAUCUGAAGCUUGAUCCAUCAGUCAUCGGCCUAUCAAAAGUUGUUGGGCAGGUGAUGGUUCUAUCUCUAACUGUCCUCUACAAUAAGUAUCUCAAAAAGAUCCCUUUGAGGCGGCUUGUGGCUGGAGUUCAGACGAUGUAUGCUUUGGCAGUUCUAUCAGACUUGGUCCUGGUGAAACAAGUGAACCUUAUGUUGGGGAUACCGAAUGAGAUCCAUGUGCUUUGUUUCUCGGCUCUAGCAGAAGCAAUUGCUCAAUUCAAGGUCUUGCCAUUCUCAGUUCUGUUGUCAAGCCAAUGCCCACCUGGCUGUGAAGGUUCGCUUUUCGCUUUCUUCACAUCUGGACUGGUGUUUUCAGCAAUAGUAAGCGGAGUAUUUGGAGUUGGGUUGUCCAGUUUAAUUGGGGUGUCUGGUGGGGAUUACACAAGCUUCCCUUUGUGUAUUUUGCUGCAAAGUUUGGCAGCAUUGGUACCUUUGGGAUGGAUAUCCUUUCUACCUGAAAAAUGGACUGCCGACGACAAGAUUCUUAAACCAAGAUGAGGCAACCCUGUAGGGUCAAUAGGUAAACCACACAACCUCGAGAUGUUAAUAGGUAAUGACAGUGUAGAGGGUUACAUGUAUAGAUACGAAGAUGUCAUUUUUCUUUGGAAUCAAUAGUUCUAGUUCUAACGUUCCAGCUGAAUAUUGGCAUCAAAUUGUAUUCUCUUGCUUCCAAGAGCAUUGUGUUCAGCUUAUCAUGCCUGAAGAAUGGGAAGAAUACUUCAGGAAGAAUGUGGUCUUGUUUCACAAUGUAAAUUUCAAAUUAAAGAUGAAAACUAAGAAAGAUACAUCUAAAUUUAGUACAGGAAA